UGUUCUUGAUAUCCCGGCGUUCACUGUGUGUGGAUGUGCCCAAACGUGCUUCUUGCUCAGAAUUGAAAGAAAUCCCAUUCAAACAGGAAAAAUGACGGAUUUGUUCGCCGAGGGAACCGUUUGGGCCGAUCUGGCCAACAUUCCGGCCGAUCCACCUAAAAUGCGCGACAAAUGCAGCAACUGCCAGCGACCGGUGCCGGUCUGUUGGUGUUCGGCAUUACCGCCGCAGCCACUUGUGCCCACAAGUCGAGUAAUUUUAUUACAGCACCCUGCCGAGGAGAAACGAGCCUUGAGGACAGCACCCAUGCUGUCGGUCGGGCUGGCACCAGGGAAGUGUCUUAUUUACAAAGGCAAAAAAUUCCCCAAAUUUGACUCGGAACUGGAAGACAUCCUCUCGGCCAAGAACUCAAUCCUACUGUACCCAAGUGCCACAUCGAUUCCCAUGGAGCAGCUGGACCUCUCCGAGGGCCCCUUCAAUCUGAUUCUCAUCGACGGAACGUGGCCCCAGGCGAAGGCCAUCUACACCAGUUCGACCAUCCUGCACGGUAUGCGCCAGGUCAAACUCAUCAGCUCCGGCAACAGUAGCUACGUCAUUCGGACGCAGCCCACCGACGGAUGCCUUAGCACGCUGGAAACUGCCAUCGAAGCCCUGAGUAUUUUGGAACGGGACGACUCGUACCGACGGCAGUUGCUUCAACCGCUGCACGCCUUGUGUCAGUUUCAGCUGGAGAAGGGCGCUGUGACACAUCAGUCUAAAGAGUUUCUUAUUAAGCAUAACCAAUACCCGAAACUGAUUGGGAAGCGGUUGAACAAACUGCUACGGAAUGCGGAUGCUUUUAAGGACCAUAAGGGGGAAUCGGAUGAAGAACAGUGAUCUCGGGCUGUGGGUUUUGUCACUUUUUAUUGAUAAUUACUUCCUUUAUAUAUGAGUGUAAUUCAUAUAACAUAAAAUAGAGAGAAUAAUGUUUCCUUGUUUAUGUCGUUUAUAUACAUUCACACUACGCUUUUUUUUUUCUUCUUUUAUGCUGUAAAUAAAUCUAUUAUAGAAAAUUAA